CCGAGUACAGAGUUAAAAGUUUUGUACGAAAUAUGGCAUUCAUCUAUAAUGCAAGGCACCCAUUUAUGAAGCACAAUUACAGAAAAUAGAGAGUAUCAUAUGCUCCACACGAAAAUCUGAAGAUACAUCCAAGGAGGCGGGAGGCCCAACGGAUUCAACUACCAAACGACAGGGAUAGGGAUACUCUUCAGUCUUCACCAGCGACCCCUGAUGCUAACUUCCAAACUGACGUCCUUGUUAAAGAAAUGCGAAAACGCUAAUCAUGCAAAGCAAAUCCACGCUCAAAUCCUCACUAACGGUCUUUACCAACUCCACCCACUCCUGCUUCAUCAAAUUCUCCUCUCAGCCUGCGACUUCACUGAGUACGUCCAAUUAAUCCUAUUUCAUUUGCCUAACCCAGAUGUCUUCUCGUGGGCCUUUACCAUUCGCUACUUCUCCCAGCAUGGCCGGUUCAAAGACGCCAUUGCUCUCUAUGUCCGAAUGCACAGACUGGUGCCAUGUCCGAGCACCUUUGCUGUUUCAUCGGCUCUCAAGGCAUGUGCUCGGAUUGCGCAUACUAUGGGAGGGACUGCAAUUCAUGCGCAGGUUCACAAAUAUGGAUACAGCAAUGAUGUUUACGUACAAACUGCCCUUGUUGAUCUCUAUUCCAAGUUGGGUGAUACGAGGAUGGCACAGUUACUGUUUGAUAAUAUGGCGGAAAGAAACGUGGUAUCGUGGAACUCUAUUCUAUCUGGAUAUUUGAAAGCUGGGGAAUUAACUAUGGCUCGGAGGAUUUUCGAUGAGAUUCCAAUGAAAGAUGUUGUUUCUUGGAACUCAAUGGUUUCAGGGUACGCAAAAGCAGGGGAUAUGGAGAACGCAACUUCUUUGUUUCAGCAGAUGCCAGAGAGAAACUCUGCUUCUUGGAAUGCAAUGAUUGGUGGCUAUGUGGAUUGCGGGAACAUCGAAGCUGCACGGAGAUUUUUCAAUGACAUGCCCCAAAGAAGCAAUGUUUCAUGGAUUACCAUGAUUGCUGGCUACUCAAAAUGUGGAGACGUUGAUUCUGCUCGUUAUCUCUUUGAUCAGAUGGGUGACAAGGAUCUGCCCUCAUGGAAUGCCAUGAUCUCUUGCUAUGCUCAAAACAGCCAACCAAAAGAGGCCCUUCAUUUAUUUAAUAAGAUGCGGAAAUCCAAUGUAGGUGUACAGCCUGAUGAGAUGACAUUGGCUAGCAUUAUAUCCGCUUGUUCUCAGUUGGGGGACUUGAGGUUUGGGUUGUGGAUUGAAUCAUAUAUGAGAAGACUUGGGAUUAAACCAGACGAUCAUCUUCUUACAGCUCUUAUUGACUUGUAUGCAAAGUGUGGUAGCAUUGACAAGGCAUAUGAACUGUUUUGUAGCUUGAGGAAGAAGGAUUUGGUUGCUUAUAGUGCGAUGAUUUUAGGCUGUGGCAUUAAUGGGAGAGCCCCUGAAGCAAUUAGGUUGUUUAAAGAGAUGUUGGCUGAUAAUAUCCAUCCAAAUGCAGUCACAUUCACUGGACUUCUAACUGCUUACAACCAUGCUGGCUUAGUAGAGGAAGGCUAUCAGUGUUUCAACUCCAUGACAAGUGAGCAUGGAAUUUUACCAUCAUCUGAUCACUAUGGAAUUAUGGUUGAUCUUCUUGGACGGGCAGGACGAUUGCAAGAGGCACUUGAGAUAAUAAGUAGUAUGCCUAUGCAACCACAUGCAGGGGUGUGGGGAGCAUUGCUUCUAGCUUGCGGGUUACAUUGCAAUAUUGAACUUGGGGAGAUUGCAGCUCAACAUUGCUUCGAGCUGGAGCCUGAUACAAGUGGAUACUACUCUCUUCUAGCAAAUAUAUAUGCUUCUGUUGGGAGGUGGGAUGAUGCCAAGAGAUUGAGAAAGGUGAUGGAGGAGAAGAGAUUGACCAAGAUACCUGGAUGCAGUUGGACAGAAUCAUCUUGACUAUACAGGAAACAAGAAUCUGUAGUACAGAUUAAAUUGAGAAAGUUCAGGUUUCAGUCAUGUAAAACUGGGACCAAGGUGGCAUGUCCUGGUCCUAAAAUGCUCCUUUUGUUUCUGCUGAUAGUAUCUCCUUAGAUUUGGUUGUAUGAACACCAAUCUUUAUGGGAGAAGCUCUGCUAAAUCUAUGUCUCAGCGGUGAAACUGCAAUAAGAUUCAAUAAAUAGGAGUUUCUCCACAGUAGCAUCUGCAUCUAGAAAUCACAUUGGAAGUGGGUGACAUGGCGAAUACCUCGAACCAUCUGAAGCAGUUCAUUGUGCAGUCACGUGUAACAUAACCCUUGUCCAACCUCCUUCAAGAACGUGCUAACUGAAAGAAACUGACCACAAGGCUCAAUUUAUUUAUUCGUGGCAUUAGAAGCAGGGUUUGCUCGUCUGCUCGCUGCUCAAAUACUGGUCCAUGUACAUUUCAAUUGUAAGACUACUUAGUCUACUUAACUAUUCCUGAAUGUGCAACCAUUGAUUGCCUGAUCUCUGUUGCUUCACUAAAUAAUAUUGUGCUCAAAUUUA